UAUAUGGGCUAAUAAGCAAAUACAUUGUUUCUCUGUGACCUUUUCAAGAAAGAUGGAGAUGAUGAAUUCCUAUCCGAUUUUCUUCCUAAUUUUGGGCAUCUUUGCUGCUUUGUUUGUAGUUUGUUCUUCUGCAGAAGACGCAAACAUUGAAUAUGAUUCUGAAGGUAGAACAAGAAGAAAGGCAAAAGCCUGGCCACAUGCUGAUCACACUGGAGAAUGGCUUUGGGAUGCUGAGGCCAAGAAAUGGUAUCUUCCUAAACACAUAGACUUUUACUCGUUCAAUGUAUCUGAUAUAUCUGGAAGGGAGGUGUCUCUUGAACAAUAUAGAGGAAAGGUUUCAAUGGUUGUGAAUGUUGCCAGUGAGUGUGGGUGGACUGAUAAUCAUUAUACAAGUCUUGUGGAAUUGCAGAAGGAAUUCCAUCCAAGUGGCAAAUUCAAUGUCCUGGCAUUCCCCUGUAAUCAGUUUGGGGGACAGGAACCUGGAAGCAAUAGUGACAUCAAGGACUUUGCCAUUAAAAAGUAUGGAGUGAAUUUCCCACUCUUUGGAAAACUUGAAGUCCAUGGUGAAAACACUGCUCCGGUGUUCCAGUAUCUCAACAAACAUGGUAAGAAGACACCAACAUGGAAUUUCUGGAAGUGGCUGGUUGAUGCAGAAGGGCAAGUCCGAGGAGUCUGGGAAUCUCGCUUUCUACCAAGUGCGUUGAAACAUCUCGUUGUUCAGUUGGUCAAGGAGGCCAAGGCAUUAGAAAAUCCGGAGGAUCCGAAUAACCCUCAUGGCUUUCAUCAUGGAGAAUUAUGAGACAUUAGAAAAAUGCAAGAAUAGAUGUGAUUUAUUCAUAUCAGUUCAUCAACCUAGUUCAACUGUUGCAUGCUUCAUAUAUUUAUCACUUCACACAUAAUCUGACAUUUAUAUAUAUAUUUAUACUCACUUACAUCAAGAUGAAAGACUAGUCGUUAUUCAUUCUUGCUAAGAUCAGCAGCAGCCAUUGCUGGUUAGAUAUGUAUCAAGUACAUGUGUACUUAACAUGAUAAGUUUGGUGCUGAUAAAGUGGACCUUUGACAUGGAUGAGACAUUGUCCCUUACAAUUCCAUUCGAACCUGAUUGUGACGUUGUCUCUUGUGUCCGAUUGUGACAUCGUCUCUUGUGUCCAUCCAAACAAUAAUCUCAUAGUGUAAUCGUGUAUUAGUCUUCCAGUUGGAUGGACAAACUUAACUUUAGAUACUGAAUUGAAUUAUUGCUUCUUCCAUCACAUUUUAAAGAUUUGGACCUCCAGAGCUGUCUUUGUUCAAAAUACAAUAUAGACCGCAGAACAAACCAUUUGAGACACAAUAUUUUUAUUUCAUAUUUUCUACUAAUCUACACAUGUUAUUGUUUUAUAAAUGUAUAAUCAUCAUGUACUUUUCUUGUGUCCGUCAUAAGGUUGAUACUCUUUUUUGCUUGGCA